AUGAGCACUAAUCCAGAAGCCUCUCAUUCCAAGCGGCGGGAGUCCCGAGCUGGCACGCGUAAGGUCACCUCGCUCUCUGCCGAACAGCUGGAAAGGAAGCGCGCCAACGAUCGAGAGGCCCAGAGAACCAUCCGUCAACGGACGAAAGAGCAUAUCGAGCGCCUGGAGCAUCAGGUAUCUGAGCUGAAGACCAAAGGAGAACAGUACGAUGAUGUUGUUCGACGGAAUGCCGCUCUGGAGAGUGAGAUCAGGACGCUGAAACAUCAACUGUCGAUGGUGACAAGUGGUCAAGGGUAUUCUAACCUCGAAGGAUCGUCUAGUACUCCGUCCGGGUACAUGCUUCCUUCGACCCAGUAUCCCGAGUCUCUGGGAGUGACUCCAGUCUCCAGAGCACCGUCAGUCCUUUCGACGUCGAGCCAGGUGUCGGUCCCGCAUGACUGGCAGCAAUACGGCACGACGCGAUCCCCAUCCACCUGCGAGUCCUCGGAAGCAGGUUAUUCGAACAGAGUGGAACCGCCGUACGUCUUUGAUGGCCAACUUCGAGCCCCGAACGCGAUGCCGGUGGCCGCAUCGCACGUUGCGUACAAUGCCCAUGGGAGCGGACAUCCACCGGGACCCGCGUUUCAGGCGUACCCGGCGCACCUUUAUGGCCCGGGGGGUGCCAAUCACGCACACCCGGAGGAAAUGGCGCCUCAUCCUCAACAGGCAAUCCCGUUCACGGGGGGUCAACGAUCGGUCUCGGUGCCGAAUGUGUCAGCAGAGAGGGAAGCUGGCGGCUAUCCUGUUCUGCAGAGUGCUCAACAAUACCAGCAGCCGGAGCACCUGCCUAGAACCGAGUACAGUUAUGACUGGGUGCACCGGUCUUGA